AUGGAGGAGAAUAAUCAGCAGCAGAAUAUUCCUCUUUGCCGCAAAAACUGCGGUUUUUUUGGCAGUCCCAAUUUCGAUGGCCUCUGUUCCAAGUGUCACAGAAGUGCUCAAGCCCAACAGAAUGAGUGCAUUACCCCAAGUAUCGAAUCACGGUUAAGCGACAUUCACAAACCAGAAUCCUCAGCCACAUCUACUCUCAAACGGGAGUGCCAUUCAUUGUGCUCAGAUAAAAAUUACCAACUACCGUCAACUGAAGCGCCUUCAGAAGGAAUCGCAGUCGCUCCAAUAAACUCCUCCGCAUCUAUGCCGGACCUGCCUCCCAGAGAUGAGCUUUCGGUUGACGCAGAGGUUGACGACGCAGGAAUUACCGAUAUUACCGACAGAGUUAAGAGCGACAGCGAGCGCAGCUCUCCAGCCUCUGCAAAAACACCCCGCUGCAAUGUAUGUCGAAAACGAGUUGGUCCCGCUGGAGGUUAUUCCUGUCGAUGUGGGGGAGUUUUCUGCAGUUUGCACCGUUAUUCGGACGGCCACAAUUGCUCGUACGAUUAUCGAAAGGCGGGCCAAGAAGACAUCCGACGAUCUAAUCCACAGGUUGUAUGCUCAAAACUUCACAAGAUUUGA